UGACUACUUGUCGAUUGCGACCGAUAGCCCAGUUGAUUAUGCCGAGAUAGCAAUAUCCUACUACGACUGUCAAUAAUGGCAUGCGAAGCUUUAAUGGACAAGUUUACGGAGAGCGCGUCAAGACCUCAGCUCCAUCAGCCUUGCACGUGCAAGAAGAGGUGCAACAAUUGCAACGUUUUCGUCGGGUUCUUCAUCCUGUCGCUGUCGCUACACUUCAUAACAUUGUCCUGCUUUCUGGACCUGCGGUCUGAGGUGAAGCGGGAGAUUGCACUGAAGAAACGAGAAUCCCCGUCAGCUGUCAGCGGAUCUUCCCAGAUGAGGGUGUACCACACCGAUGACUCACACGAUGACAUUCCCCGCGAACCCAGCCCGCCUGAGCCACCAGAGGGGAUUACGAAAAGACGAGCCCAGGUGACGGCAGGAUCUGGCAGCGCACUUUGGCGGACGAAGCGUGGCACCAACCGAAGACGCGACUCAGAAUCCCCCUCCGGUAAACCGAGAGAUAAAGUCAAGAAAGGAAACCGAAGGCGACCGAAGGGACCCCCUGGUCCUCCUGGCCAACCUGGACCCCCAGGCCCUCAGGGCCCCCCAGGAAUUCCCGGUAUUCCGGGGAUCCCAGGUUCCAAUUCUCUGGGGCCAGCCGGACCACCCGGACCGCCAGGGCCAAAAGGACCACCUGGGCCCCAGGGGCCGGCAGGUGCUGUGGACAAAAGCAAGCUAAAAGAAUUUCAGCCUGCUGUGGUGCAUUUGCAAGGCCAAGAAACAACCAUACAAGUUAGAGAAGAUCUUUCAGAGGGCGUGCUGAAAAACUGGAAGAUGAUCUCGGUGCACCACAAGGUCUUCAAGAUGCACUCGCGCUCCGGCGAGCUGGAGGUGCUGGUGGACGGCAUCUACUUCAUUUAUAGUCAGGUAGAAAUCUACUACCUCAACUUCACGGACAUCGCCAGCUACGAGGUGCUGGUGGACCGGACGCCGUUCCUCCGUUGCACCUGCAGCAUCGAGACGGGCCAGCGCAAGUUCAACACGUGCUACACGGCCGGCGUGAGCCUGCUGCGCGCACGCCAGCGCAUCUCCAUACGCAUGGUGUACGAGGACACGCUCAUCAGUAUGACCGACCACACCACCUUCCUGGGCAGCGUCCGGCUCGGGGACGUGCCCGCCACCGGACAGGCGUGAACACGGACACACACACACACGCACACACACACACACAGAGACAGACAUGGCAUAUGAGGACACUGCUCAUCAGCAUGACCGACCACACCACCUUCCUGGGCAGCGUCCGGCUCGGGGACGUGCACGCCACCGGACAGGCGUGAACACGGACACACACACACACGCACACACACACACACACACACACACACACAGACAGACACAGACACAUGGCAUAUGAGGACACUGCUCAUCAGCAUGACUGACCACACCACCUUCCUGGGCAGCGUCCGGCUCGGGGACGUGCACGCCACCGGACAGGCGUGAACACACACACACACACACACACAGACAAACAGACACACACACACAGACACAGACACACAGACACA